AUGAUAAUGGCGAAUAAGCAAGCCGCCGCUUUCGCAGAGCCAAAUGAAGACUAUUCUCUUCUUCUUUUGGACGAUUUUGUGCGCACUUGCAUUCUGGACCCUACGUUGGGCUUCAGCUCCAGCAAAGUUUUUUCGGAGUUAGUGUAUAGUUCGCAGGAUCCAUGAAUCCCCAUUCAAUUUUCAGUUGGUCUAAAAUUCCGCCUGCGGUAAGCGAACAGAUGAGGCGUUUGAUGAAAGCGUACACGUUGUCCGGUCGUAAAGAGGAAGUCCGGAACGUGAGAAUUCACCUCCUCUUUUCCCGAAAGAUUUCUAUUUUCAGACAAUCCAUCAAGUUUUGCGGUUAUUCACAACUGAUAAUCGGACUGAAAUGAUUGUAAGUCUGAAUUUCCACGGAGGAGUAUUAUUUUUUGUACCCGGAAGAACUUUUACAGACUAAUAACUAUCUUCGACUCUUUGAUAUAGAGACCGGAAUCACUGUCGCACCAUGUUUCGAUUACCACGCUGAGGGGAACGUCGGAAUGAAGCUGAUUUCAACAAAAGACUGGUGA